AUGCCAAUCGAGGCUCUCCCGCAGGCCACUGUGAGAGCAAUUGGCUCCACUUCAGUCAUCUCAGAUCCCUGCUCGGUGGUCAAGGAGCUUCUAGACAACGCUUUGGAUGCAUCAGCCACAUCAGUUUCAGUCGAAAUCUCACCGAACACUCUUGAUGUGAUUCAAGUCAAGGACAAUGGACAUGGUAUUCCUGCUGAGGAUCACCCUUGCGUCUGCAAGCACGCUUUUACCAGCAAGAUUUCGACCAUUAAUGAUCUGAAGAAUGUCGGCGGGAGUUCUCUUGGGUUUCGUGGUGAAGCGCUGGCCAGUAUUGCUGACAUGUCGGGUGGCGUUACCGUCAUCACACGCGUCGCCUCAGAAAUCGUCGCGUCAAAUCUUGAAUAUGGGAGAGACGGAGAACUUUCUCAGUCUCAGAAGACUUCUCAUCCAGUAGGGACUACGGUGCGCAUUCGAAACUUUCUCAAGCACAUCCCUGUGCGACGGCAAACCGCGCUGAAGGGAGCAACGAAGUGUCUCGCCAAGAUCAAGGCUUUAGUUCAAGCUUAUGCUAUGGCCCAGCCCUCCAAGAGAUUUUCAUUCAAAGUCAUCAAAGCCAGAAACGAAAACAACAACUGGUCAUUUGUGCCAGGGGCGGAUAUAGCCCUCGCAGACGCAUCUGUUAAGGUUGUUGGACGUGAUGUUGCUUCCUGUUGUACCACGAAGGAGUCCACUUGCACACCAAACGCGCAUAAUGCUGCCAAUUUGGACCAAAAGACGUAUCUCGUUACGGCAUUCCUCCCAAAGGCUGACGCAGAUUUCUCCAAAGCCAACAACAAGGGCCAAUUCCUCAGUAUCGAUGGGAGACCUCUUUCCACAUCUCGAGGUGUGGGCCACGACAUUGUCAAGUUGUUCAAAUCCUACGUUCGUGCUGCUAGCUCCAAAGGGGAAGCACCCAAAUCAGUCAGCGAUCCGUUUCUUUGCCUCCAGCUCAGGUGUCCCUUGGGAAGUUACGAUGUCAACAUUGAGCCUGGCAAGGAUGAUGUCCUUUUCGAGGACCGGGAACUUGUGUUUGCACUAAUCGGAAAUCUUUUCGCUGACAAUUACGGAGCACUGCCAGAUGCGGCAACCAAGAACUCGGCCAAGAAGGCUGCAUCUUCUAACGACCCCGCUAAUGAUGCUGGUUUCGACCUGCUUAUGGCCCGGAAGCCUGCCCAAGCCUCUCAGAUAGUGUCCAUCGAAGAAUCAGGUCCUUUAGACGUUCCCCUCAUUACUAGCCCUGGUACCCAGAGGUCAUCGCAUUCCCCCUCGGUGGCAUCCUCAGAGCAGACGCCCCAUAAUGGAGGUCGAGGUAGGGGACUUGAUAAUAACCUGGUCUCUGGGAGUGGUAGUUCGCGUCACAUCAAUCCAUGGUCAAUAUCGCGGAUCAAUGCUUCAUUCCAGGCCCCAGAACCUGGAGAUGCCCCAUCUUCUGCGGUACCUCUCAGUCCAGCGACUACCUCACAAGCAGCCAGACAAAGACACACACCGCAAAGACCAACUUUGACCUCUCCCGUUCGAAAUUCCGAGCAGUCUAGUCCGGUUUAUUCUACACGGACCCCUGUCUCUCCGCUGAAUCACCGUCGAAACCCUCCAACACCUCAUGAAUCCCCACUUCAACCGGCUUCAUCGAUCAGUGCCUCCCGAAGGGCCGCGCGAGAAAGGGACCGGGAGCGCUAUGGGAACGGUGCUCUAGAUACUUGGUUCCAGCGGACUACUCAGGCGUCGCUUGAUGCGAGAUCGCCAGAGGCUCUGGGCGAGGCUGACGAGGCUAGUCUAACACUCUCCCAGCUGGCGGAACAGCGAUUCAAUCCACCACGGGGUGUCCCAGUCAUCACCCUACCGUUGAAGAACAACACUCGAUCAUUAUCACAUGAUCCACGGAGGGAGCAAACACCUGACCCAUCUCCCCAGCAAAUUGACCGUUCUGCUUCGCCGGACAAUGAUCACCAGACAAGGUCAAUGGACAGCGGUCGAGGGUUCCCCGUUUUGGAAAAUUGGGCUGCCAGUAUCCAUGAGGGCUUCACCCCUGAAAGCUCUGCCGAAUUGGAGAAGGCGUUGGAUUUUGAACGGCGAAAACGAGAGGCCAAUCAAUUAUAUCGAACCCGAUCAAAACAGUUGAAUGUCGGGGCGAGAAUUCCUUCAUCGAACUCACCACACCGCAGUCGGUAUCUUGCGGCCAAAGCUGCGUUGGCUGCAGACAGCACCGGAGAUAGCCCGCCAUCUGCCAUGGUCCUUCCCCCGGGCGAUCCGCGAUCGUAUCUCAUAUCCCUCCAAGCAAAUCCAUUGUCGAAUGACUCUGUUGAUGCCCCGGGGAUGCUUCGGCGAAGCCGAACUAGCAGGCUACCCUUUGAACGGAUCCCAGAGGGUCUUGACCUUCACAAUCUGCGCCUUCCCGUCAAGGCCUGUUCUUUGGAUAUUCACGAGUCGUUCAAUUUGACGGCUCGUCACGAUCACUAUACCGGGGGUGGAGAUGAGCCGGAGUCAUCGCUAUUGUCCGGUGUGACCGCACUGCUCCCAUUCUGGAACGAGAAACUGAACACGAUUCUUAGCAAAGGCUACAAGACGAAUGACAGCUUACAGCCUCCAGAUCUAUGCAUAGAUAUCAGCACGGCUAUCGCGGAUCUUGGAAGACAUUUCCGAACAGCCGAAAGCCAAUCUCCGUGA